GUGCCGACACAUUUUCUCCUGAGGUUUCCCUGGUGACUAAGCGAGUGGCUUGUGAUCAGGGAAGAUGGCAGUCCACUGCUCACUUGUCCAGGUCUGUGCUGUGGCCAUCCUGAUUCACACAGCUGCUUCCCACGUCUAUGACACCAGCCUGAAUCUCAAUGAUGAAUGGCAGGGCAAUCAAGUCCUCAGGGUCUCCCAGGGCGUUGAGUCAAAUGGAUCAGCGCCGCUGCCAAACGGCACAGACACUCAGCUGUACAUCAAGGGCUUCCUGUCUCUCGGCCUGUCUGUCAUUGGCUUCGGCAGCUCCCUCGUGCCAAUCAAAAACACCGAGACGGGAGAUGGCCUGUUCUUCCAGUGGAUAUUCUGUUCCACCAUGUGGCUGGAGGCCCUGCCAGUGCACUUCAUCCAGGGCAGCACAGACACGUGGCUCCUCAGUCUGCUGGCAGGGUGCCUCUUUGGCAUAGGCAACCUCACCACCAUACCCAUCAUAAGGACCAUCGGACUGGGUCUCGGCUUUCUGAUUUGGUGUACAUUUUGUCUCCUCAUGGGCUGGGCCAGUGCCAGAUUUGGCUGGUUUGGACUCGUUCCACAGGAUGUCGCAAGCCCUGUUUUGAAUUACAUUGGCACGGGUCUGGCAACCAUCAGUGUGUUCAUCGUUUUCUUCAUCAAAACGGAGAGCCAGUCCCAGGCAGAGUAUGAGCGAGUGGAGGAGGAGGAGGAUGAUGAUGACGUGGAGCCCCUCUGUCUGGAUGAGGAGUCUGACAACAGCCAUGACGGCAAAUCUAGUGUCUGUGACGAGCGCCCUAUUCUGGACUCUAAACAGGAGCCGUGGGAGGAAAAACUCAAACCCCUGCAGAGGAAGAUCCUGGGCUGCUCUCUGGCUGUAUUUGCUGGCAUGCUCUAUGGCUGCUGCUACAAUCCCAUCAUAUUUAUCAAAAACAGUGCACUGAGAAACGACACACAUUACCAGGGGGCCAGUCAGUAUGAUCUGGAUUACAUUUUCCCAUUCAUGACUGGCGCUUGCGCGAUAACUACUCUCACCUUCUAUGUGUACUGUGCAGUCAUGAAGAACAGGCCUUAUCUGCCUGCCAAAUGCGUCCUACCUGCCUUUGUCGCAGGAACUUUGCAGUUCGCAGCCCAGAUCACCUGGUUUCUGUCAAGUUACUACCUCGGAACCGUGAUAACGUAUCCUAUUGGCACUGCUGGACCUGCUAUCAUAUCACUGGCAUGGAGUGUAUUCUGUUUCAGAGAGAUAAGGGGUGUCAAGAACUUCAUACUACUUGGACUCGUUUUGGUCACUGUUCUGACUGGCAUAACACUAAUUACAGUGUCAAAAACAAGUUGAGCUUUCUUUUCUCAUUAAACUUUUAUGUUGUUGUUUUUUAUGUUGUCGCCUGCUGUUGUAAAUAAGUAAAUAAAUAAAUCCUGUGUUGUUUUUAUGUUGUACUGUAAUAAAUUAACAAACACUCCGAUUGA